AUGACGGUCCCCGAGCACCCCAUUGACACCCCGCCACGCGCGCCAUCACCAGUCCACAGAUUCGGUACGCUCGCCGUACACGCCGGAAGUCCUCACGACCCUGUCACGGGAGCUGUAAUUGAACCUAUCUCGCUGUCGACAACAUUUGCGCAAACCGCCGUUGGGAAGCCAAUAGGCGAGUACGAGUACUCGCGAUCCUCGAACCCCAACCGAGACAACUUUGAGAAAGCUGUCGCCGCCCUCGAACAUGCCCGCUAUGCGCUUGCAUUCUCCUCAGGUUCUGCUACCACGGCCAAUAUCCUCCAAUCGCUCGCGGCUGGCUCCCACGUUGUUUCCGUCUCAGACGUCUACGGAGGAACCCACCGCUACUUUACCAAGGUAGCCCUGACCCACGAUGUCAAGGUUACAUUCAGCCCGAGCAUCGAGAUUGACAUCGCUGAGCUCAUUCGCCCCAACACAAAGCUCAUCUGGAUCGAGUCGCCGUCUAACCCUACCCUGACGCUGGUGGAUAUCCGCAAGAUCUCGACGAUUGCGCAUCAGCACGGCAUCAUGGUGGUUGUGGACAACACCUUCAUGAGCCCGUACGUUCAGAAUCCCUUGGACCAUGGCGCCGAUAUCGUGGUACAUUCAGUCACCAAGUACAUCAACGGACACUCCGAUGUUGUCAUGGGCGCUGCGGCCUUCAACUCGGAUGAGCUAUAUGAGCGUCUGUCUUUCCUACAGAACGCCAUUGGUGCUGUUCCCUCGGCAUUCGACUGCUGGCUCGCACACCGCGGUCUCAAGACCCUGCAUCUCCGUGCUCGGGAAGCUACCAAAAACGCUACAGGUGUUGCGAAGGCCCUCGAAGCCUCACCACACGUCGUAUCCGUCAACUACCCUGGUCUGCCUUCUCACCCACAACACCACAUUGCAUUGAAGCAGCACCGCGAUGGAAUGGGUGGCGGUAUGCUGUCAUUCCGUAUCCAGGGCGGCCACGCAGCUGCAGAGCGCUUCUGCCAAGCAACCAAGAUCUUCACGCUGGCUGAGUCGCUUGGUGGCGUUGAAUCUUUGGUCGAGGUACCCAGUGCCAUGACACACGGCGGUAUUCCUAAGGAGCAGCGUGAAGCCGCUGGUGUCUUUGACGACCUCGUCCGCAUUAGUUGCGGUGUUGAGGAUGAGGCGGAUCUUGUUGCCGAUGUAAAGCGAGCACUUGAGGAGGCCGUCGUUGGUCCUAAGAUCACCAACGGAAAGACUUCGAACAAUGCUGCUCCCGCCGCACAGUAA